CGCGUGACACGGCCGCGCGCGCCUCCUCCCCGGCGCUGUUGUUUCAUUUGCGCCAUUUUGUCCGCUCACUUUGUUGAUUGGGCUUCAGAGCUGAACUGGAGCCAAUCAGAGGGGAACCGGACAGCACACACACGGGAGGAUUUAUACAGAAAUAAGCUAUGGAGCAGUACACCACUGCAACCACUACCACUGGGGAGCAGAUAGUGGUGCAGACAGCCAAUGGACAGAUCCAACAGCAGACACAGGGCACAGUGACGGCUGUGCAGCUGCAGACAGAGGCGCCGGUGGUGACGGCCUCAGGCCAGCAGGUGCAGACACUCCAGGUAGUCCAAGGACAGCCUCUGAUGGUGCAGGUGAGCGGCGGGCAGCUCAUCACGUCAUCGGGACAGCCCAUCAUGGUGCAGGCCAUGUCGGGGGGUCAGGGGCAGACCAUCAUGCAGGUCCCUGUGUCUGGUGCUCAAGGACUACAACAGAUCCAGCUGGUGCAGCCGAGUCAAAUCCAGCUGCAGGGAGGUCAGACUCUACAGCUUCAGGGCCAGCAGGGUCAGCCUCAGCAGAUCAUCAUCCAGCAGCCGCAGACCGCCAUCACUGCAGGACAGAACCAGGGGCAGCAGAUCAGCGUGCAGGGGCAGCAGGUGGCUCAGACAGCAGACGGACAGACCAUCGUCUACCAGCCCGUCAAUGCAGACGGCACCGUCCUGCAGCAGGGAAUGAUCACAAUUCCAGCUGCCAGCUUGGCCGGCGCUCAGAUCGUACAAGCAGGCGGUGCCAACACAAACACCACCAACAGCGGCCAAGGCACUGUGACCGUCACCCUGCCCGUCUCUGGAAACAUGGUCAAUGCAGGUGGAAUGGUCAUGGUAAGACCCUGUGCAGAGAUGGUGCCCGGAGGGAGUGGAGUUCCCACAAUGCAGCGUAUCCCCCUGCCGGGAGCAGAAAUGCUGGAGGAGGAGCCUUUGUACGUCAACGCCAAGCAGUACCACCGCAUCCUGAAGCGGAGGCAGGCCCGGGCCAAGCUGGAGGCCGAGGGAAAGAUCCCCAAAGAGAGACGGAAAUACCUGCACGAGUCGCGCCACCGUCACGCCAUGCAGCGUAAACGAGGGGACGGCGGCCGCUUCUACUCACCGAAGGAGAAGGAGGAGAUGGCUCUGGCGCUAGCUCAGGUGCGGAGCUGGCAGGAAGUGGGACAGGCAGCAGCAGACGAGACGGUGGCUCAGAUGAUCCGAGUCUCAUAACGACCCCCCACCCCCACCCCCACCCCGCCUCCAUCCCACAAUAUGUCUGAACUCUACCAGGUCUGAAGGCUCUUCAUCCCGGUUUACCAUCUGUUUAUUUGGUUUGGGGUAAAUUCUGAGAAUUUGUUGCCUUUUGAUAUUUUUGUAAAUGGUACCUUUUUUUUUUUUGUUUUUUGUUUUUCUGUCAGGACACUCUCACUGUCAUUAUUUGUUCCGUCUUCUGUGGGAUGCCCCUUGUCCUGAGGUUUAUUUUUUAGACUCAUUCUGUGUGUGAGUGGGCACGAGAUCUUUCUUUCAGCCUGCGUCCGCUGAACAAAAGCUUAAAUGUGACUGUAAUAUAAAGAUAUUGUUUAUGUGAAGAGACGAGGGUCUUCUUUCCCCCGUCUGCUCCUAAUUUGCUCCCCUUUUGGCAUUUGCAUUUUAUACAGUUUGUUAGUGGUUGUGUUUGUACUCAUUUUAUUCAUGUAGUUACUUCUUCUGAAUUCAGGUUUUCAUUGUAGAUAUUAUUAUAUUUGUUUGUAUUUUUCCCAUCAUAUGCAGUGUAUUGCAUUGAUGAGACAAUGCCCUAAUUAAAUUUUACAAACUG